AUGGCAGACAAUUCUUGGUAUCGCGUUGAUCGUAUUCUCUCCGAGAAGUAUGAAAAAAGGGGUUCUCGCUUGGAGAAGCUAUAUCAAAUUUUGUGGGCGCCUACAUGGGAACCAGCAAAACGAAUAAAUGCAGAAGUUCCUUUAAUUGUGGAAGCAUAUGAAAAACAGAAGCAGAAAGGCCACCUCGAAUCCAAAGAAACAGAUAUUGAGCCUCUUGAAGCAACUGCUCAGCCUAGUGCAGAAAGCUCUAAACGAACUCUUAAUUCGAAAAAGAUCAAAAUUAUCGGUGUAGUUAGUGAUAACGGACGGAAUGUUGAAAACUCGACGUUAUUAGUUGAAAACGAGUCUAGUGGUAAACAAUGGUGUAUGCAGUAUGAAGACAUUAAAAGAAAAUAUUCAAUUGAAUUGAUUGAAUUCUUUGAGGGGUGCGUCUCUGGUUUCACGAAAUGA